AGACUGGCGAGCUCUAGGGCGGGAAAAAUGAUUGUGCAUGAAUAUGAUGCGCGCGCAAAACAAGACUGCAUCUACUUUGUGACGUGACGGCAGACGUGACGUACAUCAAACAAACGACCAGAGCAACCUUUCUUACUUGGACACUACCACCAUGAGGCGUUCAUCUGUCGAUCAGUGGUUCCACAGCGCUAAGAAGGGAAAAGAUGCGGAUCUCACAAAACUGAUAGAAAAACGUAAAGCAUGGGAUGUGGAUAUCAGGGAUGUUAAGUUCCGCUCUGCGCUCUUCCUGGCGGCAAAGGCUGGCAAAUUUGCGGCGGUAGAACAACUGCUGAACCACGGCGCGGACCCUAACAGACAUUCCCGUUUUGGCACGCCUGCACACGCCGCCGCAGAAGAAGGCCACGAGGAAUGCUUUCGUCUUCUCAUCAGCCGCGGCGCACAGCUAGACCUCAGGAACCACCAGGGGGUGACCGUGUUAGAGUGCGCCAAGGAGGCCUGGGGAACACCGAAGACUAAUAGGAUUAUCAAGAGUGCAGAGGAGAUUAAGUUCGACGCAUUGAAGAAACGCAAGGCGUCUGUCUCGAGCGAGCAAGAUAGCCCUGAGGAGGGAGUCUUAUUAUCACCAUUACCCGAAGUGCAGUUCGAGGAACUCGAGCAAGACCAGGAUCACGUGGUUGCAAAAGGUCCUCACAGCCUCUACAUCAAGGGAAGGAUGGGCACGUGUGACGUCAUCAUCAAAAAAUACAGCCGUGAAGUUAGCGAGGAGGCUCUGCGUGAUCAAUUUGCCAAUGAACUAAAUGUUAUGAGUACUCUCCGUCAUCCGAACAUCCUACUGCUCAUGUCCGCCUGCACAGGGCCGCUGCCCGAUCACUUCCGGCUCGUGUUUGAGCCCGUUGAGCGCGGAUUUCUGCACAGGCUUCUCCACGUAGACAAAGAGCCUCUAGACGAGGAUACUGUGCUUGACAUCGGGCAUGACGUGGCGUGCGGGCUGCUCUAUACGCACCAGAGAGGGUUCAUACACUGCUACCUCGGCUCACACAGCGUAGUCAUCAGUGAGAGUUAUAAUGCAAAGAUAUGCAAUUUCAAUUACGCACAAGCGGUUAAAGAAAGCGACUCUAGUGGCGAACCCAUCAGCCACUGCGAACCCCUGUACGAAUGGAUGGCGCCUGAACAGCUCCGGGGUAAGCCCGCUGACAAGCUGGGCGACGUGUACAGCUUCGGCGUGAUGGUGUGGGAAUGCGUGACGCGCAAGCGACCCUUUGAUAACAUCGCCAACUUCAAGCAAGUGAUGGGCCUUGUGGAUCCACGCAUGCGCAAAGUGUCCAGUAAAUGGAGCCAGAACAUCCGGGUUCUUAUCAAAGACUGCAUCAGGCCUGCUAAGGAACGGCCUAGCUCAGAACAGGUUUUUGAAUGGCUUGACGGCCUCGUCAACUACAGGCUCGUCAACACACGGCCCCUGACGACAGUACUUGAACAUUGCCCUCCCCUCUUUCCCAAGGUCAAGGUCAAGCUUGAACGCAAAUAAAUCCUCGGAAGCGUCAUCCCAGUACGUUACUUGAUAUUGAAUCGCAGCUAGAGACACGUGGAAUAGUUAUACGGUGACAAGAUAGUGAGUGACGAAAUUGUUAAAAUAUUUGAUUUUUAUGUAAAGUUCUAAUAGAUAUAUACAGUUAUUGCGUAUCCAGCAAUGUUAGUCUAAUAUAUAGAAUAAUCAGUAUUCUAAAAUGUUUCUUUUCUAU